AUGCCGGGGGCCUUCCUGUUGUUGAGUUUUUUCACGGCAGCUCUGACUCCUCGGGAGUACACAGUGGAUGUGUUCUUCCGUCAGAGUUGGAAGGACGAGCGUUUGAAGUUCCACGGUCCAAUGAACAUCCUUCCUCUGAAUAACCUGAUGGCCAGUAAGAUCUGGACCCCCGACACCUUCUUCCACAACGGAAAGAAGAGCGUGGCACACAACAUGACCAUGCCCAACAAACUGCUGAGGAUCAUGGAGGACGGAACCCUGCUGUACACCAUGAGGUUGACCGUCCAGGCUGAGUGUCCCAUGCAUCUGGAGGACUUCCCCAUGGACUCACACUCCUGUCCACUGAAGUUUGGCAGCUAUGCCUACACUAAAACAGAGGUGACCUACAUCUGGUCUCGUAACGCCUCCCAGUCUGUGGAUGUGGCUGCAGAUGGGUCCAGACUGAACCAGUAUGACCUGGUGGGUCAGACCGUGGGCCAGGAGACCAUCAAGUCCAGCACCGGUGAAUACACGGUGAUGACCGCACACUUCCAUCUGAAGAGGAAGAUCGGAUACUUUGUGAUCCAGACGUACCUGCCCUGCAUCAUGACCGUCAUCCUCUCACAGGUUUCCUUUUGGCUCAAUCGGGAAUCAGUUCCGGCCAGAACGGUGUUUGGUGUCACUACAGUUCUGACCAUGACCACCCUCAGUAUCAGUGCUCGGAACUCCAUUCCUAAAGUGGCCUACGCCACCGCUAUGGACUUCAUCGCAGUCUGCUAUGCCUUCGUCUUCAGUGCACUGAUCGAAUUCGCUACCGUCAACUACUUCACCAAACGAGGAUGGGCCUGGGACGGCAAGAGUGUGGUCCCCGAUAAGAAGAAGGAAUCCUCCGUCCUGAAGCAGAACAACGCCUACGCCGUUGCUGUUGCCAACUACGCCCCCAACAUCCUGAAGGACUCACCUUUACCCAGUGUCUCCAAUGUGUCCCCUUAGACCCAUCCAAAUGUGUCCCCUCAACCCCAACCACACCCCGGUGGACACCAAACCGGAGCCCAAAGGAAAAGCUUCAACAGCGUCAGUAAGAUCGACCGCAUCUCCCGCAUCAUGUUCCCAGUGCUGUUCGGGAGCUUCAACCUGGUCUACUGGGCCACGUACCUGAACCGGGAACCUGUCAUUAAAGACCUUGACCCGGUCCACUGAAACCCAGACACCUGGACCUGAUUCAGGGAUUCUGAUGGUGCUCCUGAGGGCAGUAGAAUGCUGCUGACUCCUCCCACUAAAGCUGAUGA